CUGCACCUGAGCGAGUGGUUCUCUCUCGGAAUUCAGGAGCGACUUUUCACAGGAGCAUCUUGGGUGUGGAACGGUGCUGCUGCAGGGGUAGUGGGACAGGCCUUGCUACUUGCCAACUGCCUGGGCCGUCUCCUUCCUGCCCCAACUUUCCUGCAGCUCCCAUCCACCCCUCCCACCCUGCCCAUUCCAACCCCCACCCCACCCCCUAAACAACCCCUCCCUUCCUUCCCUUUCAGUCCCACUUAACCCCUUGUCUCCCUAAUCCUGCAGGCCAUGGAGGCCUUAAUAGUCCUUGUCCUCCUUGUGCAAACCCUCAUCCAGUACCCACACGUGGUGGCUGAUGGGCUGGAUGAGGCCACCCGUUUGCGCAUGGAGAUGCGUGAGAAGUAUCUCAACCAGGAAAUGACUCGGCUGCUGCAGGAGCUGGAGCAGAGCAGCCUGGAGCCCGGUGUCAGAGCCUGGGGAGCCCUGCUCUGGGCUACUUUGGAGCAGUGGCACUUCUGGGCUCUUCUUGCAGUCCUGGGCCUUCUCUUGGCACUGGGCUUUAGCCUCAGGAAAAGGAGCCGUGAGCCACACGGCAGUGCACCACAGGAGAAUGCCAGCAGCAACUUGGAGGUACAGGAAGAUCAAGUUAAUGGCCGUGCAAAUGUGGAAGAAAACAAUGCUGCUGGAAGAGAAGAAAGGAAAUAUGGUGCAAACGGAGACCAAGAGCAAGAUCCUGACAGUAAGGUUGGCAGGUUCAUAGAGGAGUGCAUACGCUGGCCUAUUCUGGACAGAGGUUGCAUGAUAACUGACCUGAUAGAUGAUUUGACACGUGCCUUUGGACACCACUUGUCAAGUCGUUUCUACCCAGUGCCACAGCAAGCCAUCGGCAUGGGCAGUGCCUUUGAAGGUUGGAGUCCCCGCAAGGAGGCUGUUGUGUACCGUGUCCUCGUACCCCUCAGUCCUCCCCCGGGGCACACCUUCCACCUGGAGCCAAACACUGCAGGAGGCAUACCAGGAAAGAACUUCUGCAUCCGUGUGGAGCAGGUCCACAUCCCUGAGGAAAAGCUGCGGAGGAAGAAGAAGUCCAUCCUCCUCUACAACCUCUGUACUCGUUCCUACCUAGAUGUGGAGAAAACUACCCUAUGGUUCCGUCUGAUGGUGAGAGCAAGUUGGUGGCGUUUGCCUCAGUCCAACCAUUGGCAUUUAAAGUUGCUGCCCUCCAGCCGCUCCUGUGCAUUCCGGCUGAUCAAAGGCGGAGAAAGCUUCUGCGUUGAGGUGCUGUUUGGGCUGCAGCAAGGAAACUCAGACAUCUAUGUGAGCAGCCAGUCUAGAGAGGCCCUCUUCACCCCAAGCACAGUGUGGCCGGAGACCUACGGCAUGGCAGAGAUGAAGUUCUUCAGCCACAUUGCCCGGCAGGCUCCACCUGACAGCUGCCACCUCAGAUGCCUGCAGCUCUUGGCCCGUGCUGGGGUGGGCAGAGCCUUUUCCAAUUAUACCCUCAAGACCAUCAUCAUGCACCUCCUCAACACCAUCCCCAUGGCACAGUGGGGCAGGAGGCAUUGCCGCCAGCGGCUGCUGGAUAGCUUGGAUUACCUGCGCUGCUCCCUGCAGAAGAAACGCCUGGACUGCUUUGUCAUCGGCAACCAGAGCAUCCCCCUGGAGAUCGACUUGCCUCCGCACUUCCAAACGCUUCAGCCACCCAACCUUUUCUGGCACCUGGCACAGGAUCCAGAUGCCCACAGAGAGGCCUGGCAAGACUUCUUUUUCCUCCGCUAUCGGCUCCAACAACUGCUCACGGCCAUUGACGGAGAAGCCAGCUCUGCUCCGGUGGCUCACAUUGCUUAA